UGGGAGGGAGCGCGCGUGCGCAAGCUGGCCGGGGGCGGGCCGAAAGAGAGCGUUCUCGGGACGGGGGCUGGCGAGGCUCACGCUGGAGGGCUUCUCGUCUGCGGCGGGCUCAGUGAGGGUACCGGUGACCAUGAGAUCCCUGCAGCUACUCAGAGGCCCCUUCCUGUAUGGCCUGCUCUGGGCUUUUUGUGCUCCAGGUGCCAGGGCUGAGGAGCCCGGGGCCAAUGUUCCCCAUCCCAGCAGCGUGGGCCUCGAUAAGAACACGGUGCACGACCAAGAGCAUAUCAUGGAGCAUCUGGAAGGUGUCAUCAACAAACCAGAGGCGGAGAUGUCCCCACAAGAACUGCAGCUCCAUUAUUUCAAAAUGCACGAUUAUGAUGGAAAUAAUUUACUUGAUGGCUUAGAGCUCUCUACAGCCAUCACUCAUGUCCAUAAGGAGGAAGAGAGUGAACAGGCCCCACUAAUGAGUGAAGAAGAACUGAUUAACAUAAUAGAUGGUGUCUUGAGAGAUGAUGACAAGAACAACGAUGGAUACAUUGACUAUGCUGAAUUUGCAAAAUCACUGCAAUAAACAUUAUUUGGCUAUCUCCUAGUUAUAUGCAAAUGUGACCCGUGAUAAUGUGAUUGAAUACUUUUGGGUAAUGCAAAAUAACUCAUUUUUAACUACUGCUGCGGCAUUUUGGUAAAAACCUGUAGCAAUUUGUUACACUGGGGUGAAAAAGAGAAAUAAAGGAGAAGAGAAAUGGGCA